CUCAAAUGCGCAACGACCCCGUGACCAGCCCGUUCAGCGGUCUGCUCGAGGGUUCCAUCAGCAAGGGAAGCGCGGAGACACACAGGCGACUGGCAGAGGACUCGACCGAUGACAGCGUAAUGCAGUCGCUGAAGGUAUGAAAGCUGCUUGUCUGUGCAGCGGGCUGGUACUAGUAAUGGCUGCUUGCAGAAUACAGGGGCGUGCAGAAAAGUGCAGCAGCUGCAGAACGAACUGAAAGAGGAGCACAUCAUGCGAGACUUUCAUAUCUUCUUUUGGCAAAGCUCAACCAAUUGGACCUUCCUCAUCAGCAAGCUUGUCUUCGGCCUGCCAUUCUGUAGGAAUGAGAGUGGGAAGUUGAGGGGUUUGUGUGUCCUUGUAUGUGUCUGCUGUCAGUGCUGUCUAUCUUCAAUCGCCUUCCUCCACACUUGGAAAUAGCCAUCUACGCCUUCCUCGAGCUCGCCAGCAAGGCGUAAGGGAGCGCUGCUUGUAUAGUGUCGAUAGCUGUUUGUCAUGCUGGCAGCCAAGGUCUCGCUUCUCUCCCUUUGUAGGCUGCUUUCCAUCUUUUCAAUGAGUAUCAUACUUUUGGAAAAAGAGAGAGACAUACACGAAAGGGUAAUUAUUCGAAGACACGAAAGAGCGAGGGAGCGGUAUGACUUUCCAUCCUUUGUACGCAGAAAAUAAUCCGCCUCCGAGUAAUCCCAGGUCUGUCAUUCAAGGAAAGAGUUCUGGGGGGUGCAACUGAGUUGUUUUGCUUCCUCUCUCUCAGUUGAGCUUAAGAACGAUACCCUCCACUGGAUCAUCCAGGCACUCAAACGGGCGGACGAAUCGAAGAGGAGAUUUAUGCGCUACAUCUUUCAUGAGAUUCGAGUGCCCAUGCACAGCCUCACUGUUUGUAUGGAGCUACUAGAUGAGAAGCUCAACCACAAGGAGAAGCUGCUUCAAAACAUGAUUUGGUCAGCAGGAAAUCGCAGGCGUGUCAUUACAUGGCGAGACUGUAUUUUGAUUGCUCACAUUUGCGCAGGUCGGUUGAGCUGAUGCGCGAGACGCUGAAUGGUGAGACCAGCAAAAAUUCACGGAAGUCACUUGCGACCCUCUGCCUGCUGCUGUAUCGCUGUUUAGAUGUGUUGCUCGUCCACCAAAUGGAAGAGAGGGGGACGCUUCCCCUCACAAAAAGGUUCUUCCGACUUGAUGACUUCCUCGCGCAAACAGUGGCGCGCUUCCAGGUAUCGCACGCGAAUGCAGUCAAUCCCAUAAUGAAUCGAUGGAAGAUUAUGCUGUGCUCAGGGCGGUGCACGUCGAAAGAACCAGCGGCUGUCCAUUGAAGGGUCUGUACCUGCUGUUCUUGUAUAUGCAGAUGACCGCCGUUUAAGCCAAGCACUCGGUUGGCAUAUUCCCUGCAUGCCUCCCUGCAAAUGGUCUGAAGUGAUGGCAGGUUUUCUUGUUAAUUGUAGGCAAUGGCAUAUCCAACAGCAUCAAAGCCACUCCAACAGAUGGCGAGAUUAUUGUCCGAGUGUCAUCCACCGACUUCCCUCCUGGUGUCAGCAAGGCACGAGUGGAAAGAGAUUACCCUGACCUAGCCUUGACGACCUUCACCUUUCAAGUAUGAACGAGGACGAGACAUGCAGAAGCUGCGCUGACGCCCCCUUUUCGUCCCGCAGAUCACAGACAACGGUGUGGGCCUGUCAAAGGAGCAGCUGGAUCGUCUGAAUAGCUUCAACCCCUUCCAGACAGAAAUGGACGCGAAUGCCACUCUCGAGGAGGACAGCAGCGGCCUUGGCCUUGCCAUUACCAACGAGGUGUGUCGGCGGCAUCAUGGAUCAUGCCAUCUUUCGUCGCCCGGGAAAGGCAAAGGCACGACGUUCACCAUCGAGACUCCAUUGGAGAGUAUUUUGGCGAGCGAUGUCGAGAGACUCUCCGCCCGUCUGCGCAAGUCAAUCGAGGACAACACCGCUCAAAUGGUAAAACUUAGAGAGAGGACAGAUAUCAAAGCGGGCCAAAGCUAUCAGGCAAGACCGUCGACAGAUAUAAGUCCGGCGUCGAGGCUUCGAUUCAGUCUCGUGGAUGAAAACGAAGUGAGUCGACAAGGUCUCUCACUGAGAACGAGUGGGCAUCUUUUGUCCUCCCCUUCUUCCCCCGCUGUGUGUCUAUGAUCGUUGCAGGAUUAUGAAUUCUUUAUUGGCCACGGAUCUGCCGCUGCCUCUCCCUGUUUAGCCAAGAGAAAAACGGGUCAAGGGACGGGAGCAAGGAACAGAUCUCGUCCGCCAGCCAGCAGGCAGUCGGAAUCGGGCGAGCAAAUAGAGCCAAUUUCCAUUGACAAAUCGGCGACGGCUGUAGCGGCCAAUUUGCCGCUGCAGAAAGAUGCGAAGAUCCGCUGUCUAUGUGUUGACGACGGUAAACGACGGUUACACACUUUCAACGAGACUGAAGGACGUUUGCGCUUUUCCACGUUCAGACGAACACUGCCUUGAAGCGACGUGUGAGAAAGAGAGGGCUUGAUGCCCAUUGAUAAACGUCACCAUGAAUGCAUGUCUCUGUAUUCCUCCCUGACAGGUUUGCUGCUCAAUUAUGCUGUGCCGAGGAUACAAUUGACAGAGCCAACAAUGGUCGCGAGGCGGUCGAGCUAGUGAAGCAAAAAGCAUAUGAUGUCGUCUUGAUGGACGUGUGCAUGCCGAUUAUGAAUGGGACUGGUAAAGAAGCACAAACGAGAUACCCACCCGCAUGAACACGUGGCUGAAAAUGAUGCAGAAGCGACCGAGAAGCUGAGGGCUCUUAGGUUUGCCGGCCGAGUAAUCGGGCUUCCGGCUAACGUCAUCAGCGAGGACCGACAGAAGAUGGUGCAGGCAGGUGCGAAUGAGGUGAUCGCAAAGGGGAGUCUCAGCAAAGAGUUUGUGCGCGAGAGAUUCACGACAUACUUCCCGGAUACACUCGCUACAUGCCAGCGGGCACGCACAGGAAGCCUACUAUCUACUCCAGCUCUACUGCCCACGCACACGGAAGAAGCGCCCCCAGAAGAAAUAUCCGCUCUGCCUCGUCUACCUGUGAAGAGGAGCACGAAGACGUCCUCCCAAAUGCGACGACAUGCAUCGAUAAAGACCGCCCUGCACCACACGGACAGGAGGAGUCACCGAGAGGCACAGAGAGAAGAGGAGCAGACGGUGCUUGUUGUCGACGAUGACGAGACAUGCCGCCAAGCCACAAGUCUGUUGCUGCAGUACUGCGGUCGUCGCUACAGGUUGCAUGUCAUCGAGGCUGCAGACGGCUUGGAGGGGCUGGAGAUCGUCAAGAAGUCCCCACAGAAGCCUGAUCUUAUCUUUAUGGAUCUCUUGAUGCCUCGAAUGGACGGGCUAGAAGCCACCAAGGCCAUUAGGGAGUCUGGCCAUGCGGGCGCCAUUCUUGGCUUGAGCGCCAAGUGAGCGAUAGACGUGCACAGACCUACACACAUUGAUUGUCUUGUCUAUUAUCUAUGUGUUUGUCCCUUUGCAUGCAUCAGUUUGUUGGAGGAAGAUGUCGAACAUCUGCUGAACGCUGGUGUUUCGGCCGUCAUCGCCAAAGGCCAACGUACACUCACUCACACAACCAACACAGCCGGCUGCAUACCCUUUCUUGACCGGUAAUCUGUCUGUCUGUCUACUUCCCAUUCAGUUACAAAACAAGUCAUGACGGAGCUCCUGGACAAACAUUUGAGUACCACCGCCGUACAGCCCUCUCAGCCGAUGUCCAGCGAAAGCACGUCGCCAAGAACCAGCAAGGAGAAGGGCUCGCGUGCCUUGCUGCAAACGCUGCCGGAGACAUCGGUUGACGAGGCUGCGUUGUCAUGCACUACGUCGCGCAAGAAGCUUCUUCAGGCAGCCAUGGUGUCCACCAACAAGGACGAACGAGGCUUUUCGCCCUCGUGCCCUCACUCCCCGCGAUCCAAUAUUGAGCACCUGGCCACGCAAGAAAGGAAGGAGACGGUCUCAAAAGAAGAGGCGGCCGUUUUGAGUGUUCAAGCCGAUGCGUCGAUCAGCUCCCAGGAAGCGAGUGACGAAACGUCGAUACGCAGCCAGAAAGGAGCGAUGCCAGAUGAGGAAACCUUGGACGACAUUCACCACCAAAUGACAGAGACAGACGUCAAUCGCGACGUGUUCUUCGACCUCAAGCCUGUUUUUGUCCAGAAGAUCAUAGAGAGCGUCCACGCUCACAAUCUGCGGAGCAUGAGCCACCUAUGGUAGGGUGUUGCGCUACAUGCUGUAUGUUAUUGUGCUGUCCUUCUUGUGCAGGUGCUCGUCCAAACAGGAGAUGAUUACAAAAUGGUGCCGCAAAUGUGGUACGAUGGCCGCCUCUUCAGCGACAGCCAAAGGCUGAACCCUUCAAGGACCUCUCCUGCAGACACCCUCAGUGAUGGAGCUGUGUGGACACACCACAGGUUGGAGUUUCUGAAGCUCUCUUGAUCAGCCUUUUUUUCGAUUUCUGUUCAUUGUGGUCACACAGGUUGUUGGAGAGUCUUUGCGCACGUUUCCGUGUUGUCAAGACGCGUGACGUGACGGAGACGAUGGAGCACCUUCUGACAAACUUCUUGCCCGAUUUGCUGGUCAUUCUUUGCACGGUGCAGCCUCGAGGGCUUCCCGUUGGCUAUGAGGCUCUGGCGUAUCAGGCUAGGGAAUACGACGACACCAUCAAGACAGUCACUAAGGUGAGAGUUGGUGCCCGUUGCUCAUCCAUUCAAGUCUGUGUGUAUGCAGAUUCGGAAGUUUCUCCCACUGGACUUCUUCAGUCUUGUCGUCAUAUCCUCUGUCAGCUUAGCGGACGAUGGAGAGCCUGCAACCAACGAGAGCAGUGGCACUUCUCUUCGUGGGGGCAGCGGCAGGCUGAAUCUCGGAAGGAUCUUUCAGUGCGGCGUCUCUGCCCACACUGCCAUCGGUUCCCUCCCAUAUGGAGAGCAGGACGACUAUGUACGUAUCACAUAGCAGAACAGACGCGUCUCUCGCAUUUAUCUGCUUUGUUUGCACUCAGAUGGUAGUGUAUGAGCAGCUGAUGAGCCUGGUGCAUCAGCAGAGGGCUCGCAAUCGUCGGCUGGUGGCUGCCAAUGCGCAAACCCAGGAGGCGCAAAAUCUGCUGGCGAAGAUACUGCCAAUGGACAUCAUUCAGAGAAUGCACGACGGAGAGCAGCUCAUUGCGGACGCUCAUCCAAGUGUCACAAUCUUCUUCAGUGACAUAGUUGGGUUUACUUCGAUUACAAGCCAGGCAAGACGGGCACAGAGCCACUAGAUGCGGCACGAGCAAGGCGAGGAUAAUAACCUACGUGGACCAAUGCCAUCAGGUCCCAACAGCCUCGAUGGUGUUGUUUCUCAACAAGGUACGAAGCCGUCCUCAUUGAUCAUCUUCCUCUCCUUUGCUGGUUGCCUCUCCCCGCGUUUACACGUGCAGCUCUUUGGCAAGAUGGACUCGCUCUCGGACAAAUAUGGCUGCUACAAGGUCGAAACGAUAGGAGACGCCUACAUGUGCGCCAGCGGACACGACGGGAAGGCUGAUCACGUCAUAUGCAUGCUGAAGUUUGCAAUCGCUGUGCAGCAGGAGGCUUCCAAGUGAGCAAUCUCUGGCGCGGACCAGUGUACGAGACGAGGUGUCUUUGGACAUGCUUGCUUUGCUGCUGUCGUGUCAGGAUGAAACUUCCAAACGGAGAGCCUCUGAGGUUCUCCAUUCCGAAGAGGGCUCAUUCACACCGCCAAACUCUUCCAACUUUCGUGUCAGGAUGCGAGUGGGGCUUCAUACGGGCCCGGCUUUCACGGGUGUCGUCGGGCGCAAGUGUCCUCGCUUCUGUUUCUUUGGCGACACCGUGAACACGGCAGCGCGGAUGGAGCAGACGGGGAUGCCACAAGUGAGAGCCGAAGGUUCAUCAAGUGGAUGGGGAGAGGUCACUUCUCAUCUCGUCGUGUUAUCUUUGUGCAGUGUAUCCAUAUCAGCGCUCGCCUUCGUAACGGUCUAAGAGACAUACAUGACAAGCGCCCACAGACCGUGAAGGCAGCGCCACCCGACAAGACGCGUCAGAGAAGAGCGAGCGUCGACAGCGACAAUCCUUCAGACGGAUCCUUGCAAGUGACGUCGCCGGCAGCCAACAGGUCGUCACCAGGUGAAGACGCUAUGCAGAGUGAGACACUGCACUAAUUCAGCGCGGGAGGAUCAGAGUCAAGGGGAAACCAGCAAUGUGGACAUACUUUGUCAAUUAUAAGGGCUGUCCGCAGAAUCUGGCCGAGAUGUGCAGAGAAGCUCGUGAUGGAGGGGAUCUCCACACGCCAACUUUCUAUGGAACGCCGACACCAGAAAAGAGUGAUCGCGCGGUAAGCGGGAUAGUCACACUGAUGUACAGAGACAUGCAACUAAGGCUCACUGCCUGCCUCACUUGUGUAUGCAUGGCUAUCAAUCCUAAGCCCUCACCCAUCCCAUCCCUGAUCCUUGAGGGCCCGCGGACCAAGUCGAUGGCUGAGCCCUGUGUCAACGUGCUUCCACCGGCAUCCAGCCCCCCAGUGAUCCCCCAGCCCAGCCCAGCGCCAACAACCGCGGAGGGAAAUGCUCCUAUUGCACUGGACAAAACAAAGUCCCUCGACAUCCCUCAGGACGUCCUUUUGGAGAGGAGGGCUCAACCCCCCGCUGAGGCGGGGUCCCGAGAAGAGCAAGAUGACAAAGACAAGACUCGGGAGACGCUUGAUGAGAGGCACGCAGCCGACCUGCCAGCGGAAGACAAGCCGGAGACCGACAAGGCGCUUGACGGCUUGGCAGCUUCCUUUUCCAGACCACCCCUCUCCAGCGCAGCGUCCUCCUCAGACCAGCUCUCCCGAGAGCGAACAGGAUCGAUACUCAACUACAGCGAGCGCGCAGUGCUUCAUCAGUCCUUCAUAUCAGCCUCUACCAGCAGCACUCUCCACCUGGCGCAACCUGGGAAGCGACACCCUCCAUUUGGCAUCUCGCGUCUGCUGCAUCUGUUUGGGGGAGACGAGAAGGGUGGCAACAGCGUCUUCUGUGGGCUUGCUGAGGGGGAGCUUCUACGGGUGUUGAAGGGGCUGUCGGAUGAGACACUGUUGAAAGGGGUUGUCCUUCUGGCCAAGGCGCAGCAGCAGGCAGAUGCGCUUAUGAUCGAGCAACUCUCGCAAAAGGUGAGCAAGGGCGAACACAUGCAAAGAGAAGGAGACAUGAUUUGCCGCAUCUUUGUGUCUCCAUGCAGCUCAAGGCAGCUCACGACCGCGUCGAUGCGCUGGAGGCGAGCGACAUUGACCUCCGCCGGACCAUCGCCUCGCUUCAGAUCCUCACUCAGCUAUGCCGCGCUCAGCUGCAGGCCGCUGCAUUAGCUUCGUCGGCGAGUGGUGUCUCCUCUUCUGAGGACCAGGACGAGGCAGCCAAGGGCGGCUUCAAUGAGCUGGAGCACCCCACAUGGCUCACUUUCUGAUACGUACAUACGAGUGUAGACGACAGCAAGUGCGUGACUAGACGGACAGUGCAUGGUAGAGACAGCACUAUUUUUGGAUGCAGUCCGCGUCUCGGCAGCGUGAAGAGCCCGCCAAGUGCAG